AUGGAAGAGCAAGGGAGCAAUAGAGAACUGGCUCCCUUCAACUUGGGUAUAUCUGAUCUAAAGUUGGUGAAUCUUCCUAACCUCAACUUCAUAUGGGAAGGCCCCACUGUUUAUCUUAGCCUCCAAAAGCUUGGUUCUAUUUGUGUUAAUGGAUGUCCAAAAUUGAAAAUCAUCUUUUCCACCACCAUUGUUAGAAGUUUACCAAUGUUGACCAGUCUGGUGAUAACUAACUCUGGUGAAUUGGCACAAAUAUUUGAUAUAGUGGAUGCACAAGAACUCAAAAGCCUUUCCUGUUUACAACAAGUGUGCUUCCCAAGUCUCUCAACUAUUUCCAUUAAAAAGUGCAAUAAGUUGGAAUGGCUUUUUUAUGAUCUCUCUGCUACUCAUUUUACUCAUCUGACCAAAUUGGAAAUAGAAGAGUGCUCUCAAUUACACAAGGUUUUUGCUUUUGAACAUGAAGCUGAUGGUGGUGGUGAAGAAGGAACGGGUAAGGUUGAAGAACAGGUACUACAGAAAUUGAGAGAUAUAAGACUCAAAAAUUUGCCAAAAUUCAAAGAGAUUCACCACGGAUUUAAGUUAGAAGAUGAUGUUGAACAAACCCUAGAGGAUUGUCCUAAAUAUUCUCCAAGUUUAUAUCUACAUUCAGGGCUUCUCGAUCCAGAUAACACGGCUCCUGAUUGGCACCUGUGCUUUGCUCUUGACAGGUCAGGGAACGUUAAGUUUCUUCCCGAUGUAGUGUAG